AUGCUUGAUGAUCUAGCCAUUUUAGUUAUUAUACCUCUUCUUUCGCUCAUGGUUGCUUACUUUAUUGAAUAUCUUCGCAAAGUGAAACUUCGACGACAAAGUCAACAGAUUUAUCUUCUAAUGACGCAACUAUCAUUGAAUGAAGAAGAAGCUCCACCGGCAAAAAACAAACGACACUACUUGGACUAUAUGAACUAUUUCCUACGUCAUAGGUAUGGUUAA